ACAGUCACUCGUUGACCCGAGAACACAGUGGUCCGUCGUCCGGGAGAGAGAGAGAGUGUGUGUGUGUGCGUGAGUGUGAGUGAGAGCAAGAUGGUGAACAAGUCACUAUUACUCCUGGCAGCCCUCGUGGCGGUGGCCCUCGCCGCUCCCGCCGAGGAGCCCAACCCCGCCAAGCCCCAGGACAACGGAUCCCUCAUCGAGGAUGGCGUCGAAAAGGUCUACCGCUUCCUCCAGGAGUGCGGCGACAAGGACAUGUUCUUCUGCAUGAAGAUGCGCGCCCUCACCUUCGUCGACCGCGCGGUCCGCAAGGCCGGCGACAUCCCCCUGGCUGACGGCGUCGCCCUGGUGCAGAGCGGAGAGGCCGCCCGGGAACUGUCCGGACGCGCCCUCAGCGAGGACGAGCUCGACAACUCUCUGCCCCAGGACGCCGCCGAGCGCGACUCCCAGGUCGAGACCCUCCUCGUCGACAGGGUGGCCCGCUUCCUCGAGUCCCGCACCCUGCAGCUCAAGGUCCCCGACAGCGCCAUCUCCGACAUCCGUCGCUCCCUCGAUGAGUCCCGUGGCAAGAAGAAGAAGCUGAAGAUGCUCCUGCCCCUGCUGCUCCUGCUCAAGCUCAAGGCCGCCGCCCUCAUCCCCCUGGCCCUCGGCGCCCUCGCCCUCCUCGCCUUCAAGGCCCUCAUCGUCGGCAAGCUCGCCCUCGUCCUCUCCGGCAUCAUCGCCCUGAAGAAGCUGCUGUCGCAGCAGAAGCACACCCAGAGCUACGAGGUGGUCGCGCACCCGCACUACAGCCACAGCCACUCCAGCUACGGCGGCGGCGACGAGCACGGUGGCCACUACGCGCGCUCCCUCAAGGUUGAACAGCCCGCCCAGGACCUCGCCUACAGCGCGUACAAGAAGGAGUAAGGUGCCGUACCGGGCCACCCGCGGCGGUCCUCACCAGGGGCCGUCCGCGAGCGACCUCCCCCUCCCCCCCUUACCCACCAGGUAAUUUAUUGACCCUCCCCCCUCCCGCGUCGACCCGACUGUCAACCCCUGCUUGCCGCACCCUUGGGCAAGCGGCGGCGUUUACCGUCCCGCCGACCCCAGCCUCCCCCAAAGAACGACCUCCCGUAUUUAUGUGUAGCUGCGCAGGCGCGGUCGGGCCUGUGUUGUUUGUCGUGUUAGGAAGACCGUUCUGGACCGCUGGAAGCAAGGACUGAUUAUUUAAAAACAAAGAGAGGCCGUGUUUUCGGAUCUCGAGGGCCUUGUGGUGUAGUGGCUUUUUGUUCUCUCUUCGUGUAGGCUUGCUCUCUCUCUAUUCCCCUCACGCCCGCCCCGCUCACUUCUCUCGCUUGCCGCCUUUCGCUCGCGCUUCGCGUGUUAUUCCUUGUAAUAAGACGAUGAGACUCGACUACCCUCCUUCACGGAUGCUACUUUUUCAUCUUGUACAUACUCGCGAUGACAUACUUACUCACGUGACCCUACCUCUCUCUUUCUCUCUCUCCCUUGACGAAGACGACGACGACAUAUGACAAACGUGGCGUGAAAGACGUUAUAGUACUUGCAUCAAACUGCAACUCCAUGACGACUGACACGACGUUUUUACGAUGUACCGUCUCGUCUCUCGGAAUGGAGGAUAUAGCUUUAACAUAACUUUCUCAGGGCUCCAUUUCCCAUGAGAGGCGGCCGGUGCAGGACUCGACCAAAACGUCUAGCUGCUCUCUCCCUUCCCAGGCCGGGUCCACCGCCUAGUCACACCGAGGCCUCGCGUCUCUGCGGGGUUUUGGGGUAAACGGCCCAGCCUGAGCUUGAGCUUCCCUGCAUUAGAUCAGCCUGUCUCAACGGCGGGCUGAUAGUGUUUCACCCUUUCGAGCGCGCUCUCUCUAUCGCUCUCUCGCUUCGCACCUCUUCCCCGCGUUUUCGCUUCCCCUCAUCUUCAUUUGAAAGGCGAAGGGAAGGAAAAAUAUUUCGAUAAAAGCCAUCAAUUAAAGUCAGCUGACCCGCUGACCUAAAAUCCUGGCCACUCCAUACGCUCAGCCUGCUUGCGCAUAAUCCUCUUUGAGGUCUGGUGCACUGCCGCCCUGACCUUUCGCAGCUCUCUCUCUCCCUUUCCCCUAAGCAUUCUAGACUAGUUCGGUCGCCGCAUGGGAGUGGUCUUUUUAGAGAAAGAAGGAAAAACUGGUCUCUCUUGUCCUCGUAUAAAGUAAUAUGCUUCCAGCUGGUCAUUGUGUCACUGAACGGACACUCAUUGUGUGAGGUGCCAUGCACUUUAAUUUAAAAAUGGAAACUAAAUUA